GUCAUCAUCAAACAUGGCUGACAAGGAAAAUACAAACAUGGAAGUCGAUAAGGAAAAGAAUAAACCUUUUACCAACAACGUUAAGCCACUCGUUGACGAAGCUACCCAGGGAACAGGCAACCAAAACAAUGUCGAAAGCAAGAAGGGUGCCGAUGAAAGCAGCGCCACGGCGGAGUACUGCGAGAAGCUGCAGGCGUGGAUGUGGCAGUACUACACAGGAUAUGUGAACUGGCAGAGCUGGCUGGCAGCGUCAGCCAUGUCCUACCCUCAUUAUUUACAGUCAGCCAGCGGGACGUCGACGACAUCUCUUGAUUUAAACUCCCAGCACUGGUACAAUAGUCCGUUUGGUCUUCCGCUGUCGCCUUACCCGCCUGCCGUCGCCUCCUCAAGUAGCCGGGUAGGUGAGGCUGCAGGUGGGGCUGCAGUGCCUGGUCAACCGCAGCAGCAGCCACAGGAGAAUGGAAAUGCACAGAGGCCAGGACGUGAGUAUAGCAUUCCUUCACCUCUUCAAAGACUCCUGGCUGAGAUGGUGGAUUUCUUCAUUUUGUUUUUCAUCAAAGCAACUAUAAUCAUCAGUAUUAUGCACCUCAGUGGAAUCAAGGAUGUUUCCAAGUUCGCCAUGCAUUUCAUCGUGGAAGAAAUAGAUGAGGACACAUCAAUGGAGGAGCUACAAAAAAUGAUGCUUGUGGCACUUGUGUACCGAAUAUUAGUGUGUUUUUAUGAGAUCAUAUGCAUCUGGGGAGCAGGAGGAGCCACUCCAGGGAAGUUUCUCAUUGGACUCAGGGUUGUUACAUGUGAUUCAUCAGUUCUGGUCCAACCGAACAGGGUGCUUGUAGUGCCAGCAACUAAUGUCUCUCUGUCUGCAUCAACUGUCCGAGCCUUGAACAAGAACUUUUCAAUUGCCUUCUUUUUCCCGGCCUUCAUCACACUUCUGUUCUUUCAGCACAACCGGACUGUGUAUGACAUGGUAGCUGGUACAAUUGUUGUCAAGCGCUCCAGGGUCAGAUGACGCUGAAGAGCCCACAAGAGGGUCAGACAAUAAUGCUGAGCAGGCGCUGUGUGAUGUUUUCUGAAAAAUGCCAGCAGAGCUCCUCAGACUCCGCCCUUUCAAGGUAUCGUCUGAACAUGCAGGAGCAUUAAGAAGUUGGCAGAGGGGUUGAUACGCAUCAGAAUGAACUAUUUGAGUUCCCAACUUGUUUUUGGUUUUUCUCUGACACAUACUGUAUUUCCGCAUGUAUUUCUACAUGCUGCUUUCGGAAUCUGUUCCUGUGCCAAAUUUGUCUCCUCUGAAGACUGGAUAAAUGAUGGUAUAUUCUACCUUUUCAUUAACACAAGAUUUGCCUCUUUGUAAAUACUCUUCCAAACUAAGGGUGAAUGUCUUGGAUCACUCAGUAUUUAAGUUGCUAAUUAUGCAUACAUGAGAUUAUACCUGCAGUAUCUCUUUGUAUUAAAAACUCAUCCUAAGAGUUUUAUGCUCAGACCUUUCAGUUUUUUUUAGUUUUGAGCUCUGUCACUGCAUUUCAGCUGCUGUGAUACUUUGGUUUAAAAGCACAUUUAAAUGUAUUGAAGGGAAAUGUAAACCUGAACACAGCUGCUGUUCCUUUACUCUGACUGAAAAGUUAAUGUAUUAUGCAUUUUAUGUGAUUAACUGUAUUUUGCAUUUUAGAAGACUGAAUGAAACCACCACUUAUUACCUGCAUGCUUGAGAUGUCUGUCUUUUAGCUGUUUGUCAGCUAUUUGAUAAUUCUCACAAUGUUUUCAUACUAAUUAAGAGGCCAUGUAAUGUUUUGUUACACUGCAUUAACUCAUGAAUGUGCCAUUACGUUUGGUAUAUGUAAUGAGUGCAUACAGUGGCUUCGGAAAGUAUUCAGACCCCUUCACCUUUUCCACACUUUAUUGUGUUUGAAAUUAAUUGUAAAUGCAUACAGUUGUCAUUUUGUCCAUCAGAAAAUCCAUAAUGACAAAGAGACAUGUUUUUAGAAUUUUUGGCAAUUUAUUAAAAAUCAAAAAAUCUCUCA